CACCUGGCUGACAAACAGCUGACUGUGUGGGGAGAUCAAGUAUGAUGAGGUAAAGGGGAGUCAGUGAGAUCAUGGAAGGCCUUCCACCCCUAUUAGGGAACUGGGAUUUUUUUUUUCCUGUAAGGCUGUACUUAGGAUGGUGGUAUUCAAUUAUCAGGCAUUCUUCCAGGUAAUUCAAAAUAUAUUGAAAUACUUGGCAUGAUUAAAACAAAACUUCCAGUGGACUUGGCAGGGUAGAUGUUAUUGGUUAGCUUUCAUGAGAAUGGGAUCAGUAGGUUUGUACUGGGUUGAGGAAUGAAUGAGCAGAAAGGAAGUGAGAACAGUGAAUACAGACUAUAUUUUAGAAAUGUCUGAGGGGCACCUGGGUCAGUCAGUUAAGCAUCUCAGGGUUUGUGAGUUUGAGCCCUGCUUCGGGCUCUGUGCUGACACCUCAGGGCCUGGACUCUGCUUCAGAUUCUGUGUCUCCCUCUCUCUCUGCCCCUCCCCUGCUCAUGCGAUCUCUUUCUCUCUCUCUCUCAAAAAUAAACAUUAAAAAAAAAUUUUUUUUAAGUCUGAGAAAGUAGAAAGGAGGAAGCAGAGUCAGGUUAGUUUCUGCCCCCACUUCCCAAAUAAAAAAGGGAUAAGGAAUAAAUACAGGGGGAGACUUUUAAAAUAAAAGAGAUUGGCUGCUACUUUUGGAGAGAGUAAAGAUGGGAUUCAUGGCUUGGGCACAGGGGUAGGUUGUUACACCCUCAUUGUUAUCCCAUGAGAUUACAAGGAGGAAAGUGAAAGUACAUAUAGAGAAAUUUGUAGGAAUGCAAUGCUGAGGACCUCCAUUUUCUUCUUUGAGUUUCCCAGCUAGGUGUUUGCCUUAUUGUAAGAUUAAGUCUAUAUUUUUUAAUGCCAGUCUGUUAGCUGGAUCUUUGUCCAGUUCUGUUAACUGCCUCCAGUAACAUGGGUAUCCUGGUCCUUCUGGAAUUGGAAGCAGCAUCCUUUCUGUUGACCAAGCCCUCUCAUCUCCCAGGCUGCUCUUCCCUUAACCACUAUUGUGAACUCUUCCCUUUCCAAUGGCGUCGUGAAGUUGUUUGAGAAUUGAUCAGAUCAUAGCUCCACAGUGAUCGAGUCUGGUCACUUUGCCCUCACUGCUAUAGUGUUCUCAGUGGGUAAUUCAUAGUUAGAAGUAGUAAAUCUUUCAUUGUUACCAAAUGUGCAAUUUGGAGGACAGACGUGUAUCAUGUAGGAUUAAAGGCUCUUGGUUGCAUGGACUAAACCAAAAAAAAUUUUCUAUGAGCAAAAUCAUCUUGGCAAAUGAGUUAUAGCAACCCCAGUCUGAUCUAAACUAGGAGGCCAUACGAUACUGCUUUCAGGUCCGUUCAGUGAUUUUCAGGAAGGGAAUAGGGUACCUACUCAGAGUUUCCUAGAGGUAAAGCACAUGUGUACUUUGAACAAGUAUAUUCUUUUUUUUUUUUUUCCAAGUUUGUUUAUUUUUGAAAGAGAGCACAAGUGUGGGAGGGGCAGAGAAAGAGGGAGACACAGAAUGUGAAGCAGGCUCCAGGCUCUGAGUUGAGCCCGAUGCAGGGCUCGAACCCACGAGCUGUGAGAUCAUGAUGUGAGCCGAAGUCGGACACUUAACUGACUGAGCCACCCAAGCACCACUGAACAAGUAUGUUCUUUUUUUUUUUUUUUUAAUUUUUUUAAUGUUUGUUUAUUUUUGAGAGAGAGGGAGAGAGAAACAGCGCGCGAGUGGGGGAAAGGGCAAGGAGAGAGGGAGACACACAGAAUCCGAGCAGGCUCCAGGCUCCGAGCUGUCAGUACAAAGCCCAGUGCAGGGCUCAAACCCUUGAACUGUGAGAUCAUGACCUGAGCCAAAGUCAGACGCUCAACGGACUGAGCCACCCAGGCGCCCCUGAACAAGUAUAUUCUUAAAUUAACACUGAUUAGAUUCGCUUUUGGUCCAUUUUUUAAAAAAAUUUCAAGUUUUAAAUAGCAUUUUAAGAAACCAUAAGGUUUUUAUACUUGUCAAAAAAGAGUCAUGGAUUUAAACACACGUGCAUGCACAGGAAAAAAGCCAAGAAACACAGGUCGACUUAAAAGAACCUCAACUCAUUGGAAUCUAUCAGUUGCUUAGGAUCUUUUCCAAAUAUUUUUCUGUCUUUGUUUCCAUUUAACAAGAUUACAUUUAAAGCUUGCUGUGACUCAAGUUUUUCAGUGUUGUACUGGCUUAAAUUUUAGGUUCUGUUAAAAAGGAUUGUUUUAGGCAACUCUGUUUCAGGAGUCGGAGUUGGGGAGAAACUGUAUAUUCUUACCCAACAGCUGGCAAAUGGCCGCAAUUCUGAUGAGUGGUUGAGGACCUAGAUUAAACCCUGGGGAGUGGGGUGGAAUCAGAACCUGCAGACUCUCUAGAAUUUAAUGAGUUUCUACUACAUGGUAGGUCCUGUUCUAAGCACUUUACAAGUAUGUAACUCUCACAGCAACCCAAUCAGUUAAGUGCCAUUAUUUGCUCCAUUUUACAGAUGAAGGAACCAAGGCAUCAGCAAUUACAUAACUUGCUACACGUUCCAAGAUCGUAAACCCUAGAACCCUAAUUUAAACGUACACAGUCUGGCUCUAAAGCCAGUACUCUUACCCUCUACAUACUCUUGUCUCUCAGAGGGAUGACCGCCUCUCUCCUCCCUGGAAGAUUCUUAGGAGAGUUGAUCCAGCCCCAAAGCAAACCCAUGUCCUGUUUCUUUGAAAGAAACUAUUCUGAGUGGGGCAGUGUGUUCUAAAAGAUAGGCAAGAGGUGUGUGUGGUACAUGGGACUGGCCCCAAACAAUGGCAUCCACAUUUGAGGUGGGCUAGAAGAUUUAAAUUAAGUAUUCACUUCCUCUUUGGCAUAAUGAGACCUGGAUCCCUGUGCUCUAGCUUUUUAUAAAAACUUGUGAUUGCCUCUCGGAGCACUGGUAACCUAGGAAAGAAUUUGUGAGGAGCUUUCUUUACGUGAAGUUGGAGUGAAGGUAAGGGAAUAGCUGAACAUGGUACCAUUACCCAUGGAAAUGGAACACUUUGAAAUAUAUAUAAACAUUUAGGUGGAAAAAAGUAUUUCCCUGCCUAAACCACCAAAAUUUAGAGUGAUCCUGAAGGUAAAAGAGUUUCAAAUGCGGGGAGCCUCAGACAAAACUUGAAAAUUUAUUUGUACCAUUUUUCUCUCUUGAUACACACACACACACACACACACACACGUACGUAUGUACAUAUGUACCGUUGACACUUGAACAAUACAGGAGUUAGGUUGCCAACACCCCCCCCCCCCCCGUUCCCUGAACACAGUUGGAAAUCUCAGUAUAACUUUAAAAAACAAUUUUUUUAAUGUUUAUUUAUUAUUGAGAGACAGAGCAUGAGCAUGGGAAGGGCAAAGAGAGGAGGAGACACAGAAUCUGAAGCAGGUUCCAGGCUCUGAGCUGUCAGCACAGAGCCCGACGCGGGGCUCGAACUCACAAACUGCGAGAUCAUAACCUGAGCCGAAGUUGGACGCUUAACCGACUGAGCCACCCAGCUCUAGGUUGGAAUUUGCCCUUGACAGAUAACAACAUGAUGAGUGAUGCAAGUGACAUGCUGGCUGCGGCGCUGGAGCAGAUGGACGGGAUUAUAGCAGGUUCUAAGGCCUUGGAAUAUUCCAAUGGAAUUUUUGAUUGCCAGUCUCCCACCUCCCCGUUCAUGGGAAGCCUGCGAGCUCUGCACCUUGUAGAAGACCUGCGUGGGUUGUUAGAGAUGAUGGACACAGAUGAGAAGGAAGGUUUGAGGUGCCAGAUCCCAGAUUCAACAGCGGAAACACUCGUCGAAUGGCUUCAGAGUCAAAUGACAAAUGGACACCUGCCUGGGAAUGGAGAGGUGUAUCAAGAAAGGCUAGCCCGUUUAGAAAAUGAUAAAGAAUCUCUCGUUCUUCAGGUAAGUGUGUUAACAGACCAGGUAGAGGCUCAGGGAGAGAAGAUUCGAGAUUUGGAGUUUUGUCUUGAAGAGCACAGGGAGAAGCUGAACGCCACAGAAGAAAUGCUGCAGCAGGAGCUUCUGAGUAGGACAUCCUUAGAGACUCAGAAGUUGGAUCUGAUGGCUGAAAUCUCUAACUUGAAGCUAAAACUGACGGCUGUAGAGAAGGACAGAUUGGACUAUGAAGACAGGUUCAGAGACACAGAGGGGCUAAUGCAAGAGAUCAAUGAUUUGAGGUUAAGAGUCAGUGAAAUGGACAAUGAAAGACUUCAGUAUGAAAAAAAGCUGAAAUCAACCAAAGACGAACUGGCAUCUUUAAAAGAACAGCUAGAAGAGAAGGAGUCUGAAGUAAAAAGGCUACAAGAAAAAUUGGUGUGCAAGAUGAAAGGAGAAGGGAUGGAAAUUCUUGAUCGAGAUAUUGAAGUACAAAAAAUGAAAAAGGCUGUGGAGUCUUUGAUGGCAGCAAAUGAAGAAAAGGAUCGGAAAAUAGAAGAUCUUCGCCAGUGCCUGAACAGGUACAAGAAAAUGCAAGAUACGGUGGUACUGGCCCAAGGUAAAAAAGGCCAAGAUAGCGACUUUGAAGAUCUGCUCACAUCCAGUUCCAUCUCCACUUUGCUGGAUGCACAAGGUUUUAGUGACCUGGAGAAAAGUCUGUCACCUACACCAGUAAUGGGAUCUCCCAGCCGUGACCCAUUUAACACAAGUGUUCCAGAAGAGUUCCACACCGGUAUCUUGCAAGUUUCGGUCCCUUCAUUAUUGCCAGCAUCUAAGGGCUUGGAAAUUUCCGAAAAAGCAAAAUUGCCUCAACCAGAGACUUCGUUUGAAGAGAAUGAUGGAAAAAUAAUCCUUGGUGCUGCUGUUGAAACCCAGCCUUCUGAUAGUCUUUCAACUUCGAGUCUGCAAAAGUCCAGCAGCCUGGGCAAUCUGAAGAAAGAGUCAUCAGAUGGGGAUACAGAGUCUGUCCAGAAGCCUUCAGAGGAUAAAACUCCGGCAGAAAGCAGCCCGUUUGGGAGCCUCCCUCCAAAAGCUCCAGGACAUGAUGCCUCCAUGGAUGACAACCCCUUUGGCACUCGAAAAGCCAGAUCUUCCUUUGGGCGUGGCUUUUUUAAAAUAAAAAGUAACAAGAGGACAGCAAGUGCCCCCAACUUGGCUGAAACAGAGAAGGAGACAGCUGAGCACCUAGAUCUUGCUGGUGUAUCUUCCCGGCCAAAAGAUGCGCCGGGAAGUAGUCCCUUCCAGAUAUCUCCGCCAUCGCCAGAUUCCAAAAAGAAAUCCAGAGGUAUCAUGAAACUCUUUGGAAAACUUAGGAGAAGUCAGUCAACUACAUUCAAUCCAGAUGACAUGUCUGAGCCUGAAUUCAAAAGAGGAGGAACAAGGGCAACCGCAGGGCCGCGACUGGGUUGGUCUCGAGAUUUGGGACAGUCUAACAGUGACUUGGACAUGCCAUUUGCCAAAUGGACCAAGGAACAAGUUUGCAAUUGGCUUGUGGAACAAGGCUUGGGGUCCUACCUGAAUUCUGGAAAGCAUUGGAUUGCAUCUGGCCAAACACUUUUGCAGGCUUCUCAACAAGAUCUAGAGAAGGAACUUGGAAUUAAGCAUUCACUUCAUCGAAAGAAACUCCAGCUGGCACUGCAAGCCCUGGGAUCCGAAGAAGAAACCAAUCACGGAAAGCUGGAUUUCAACUGGGUCACUCGAUGGUUGGAUGAUAUUGGUCUCCCCCAGUACAAGACGCAGUUUGACGAAGGACGAGUAGAUGGUCGAAUGCUCCAUUACAUGACUGUUGAUGACUUACUGUCUUUGAAGGUUGUGAGUGUGCUGCACCAUCUCAGUAUCAAAAGGGCUAUUCAGGUCCUGAGGAUCAAUAACUUUGAACCAAACUGUCUGCGGAGGCGGCCAUCUGAUGAGAAUAGCAUCACCCCGUCAGAGGUUCAGCAGUGGACCAACCAUCGUGUGAUGGAGUGGCUGCGCUCCGUGGACUUGGCAGAAUAUGCCCCCAAUCUCAGAGGCAGUGGUGUUCAUGGUGGGCUCAUGGUUCUAGAACCUCGUUUUAAUGUAGAAACAAUGGCUCAGUUAUUGAAUAUCCCACCAAGUAAGACCCUCUUGCGAAGACAUUUGGCCACUCAUUUCAACCUUCUGAUUGGUGCUGAGGCCCAGCACCAAAAGCGUGAUGCCAUGGAGUUACCAGAUUAUGUACUUCUAACAGCCACUGCCAAAGUGAAGCCAAAGAAACUGACCUUCAGCAAUUUUGGGAAUCUGAGAAAGAAGAAACAGGAAGAUGGGGAAGAAUAUGUUUGCCCAAUGGAAUUGGGACAGGCAUCAGGAACUACAUGCAAGAAAGGAUUUAAACCUGGUUUGGACAUGCGCCUGUAUGAUGAAGAUGAGUUAGACCGGUUAGAGCAGAUGGAAGAUUCAGAAGGGACAGUGAGACAGAUAGGUGCGUUCUCUGAAGGCAUCAACAAUCUAACGCACAUGUUAAAGGAGGACGACAUGUUCAGAGACUUCGCCGCCCGUUCCCCCAGUGCCAGCAUCACCGACGAGGACUCCAACGUUUAAACCACGGCCCUCAAAUGAGCAUCAGCAGCCCCUCGCCUUUUCUCCACCUUCUUUCUCAAACACUCACAGAACACAAAGCAAGCAGCAGAUUGUUUACUGUCUAUUAUUCCAACUUCUCAUGUGGAGGUGGAAACCGAAAGCAGGGGGUAUGUGCCCGUUCUGAAGAUGCCACGAAAAAGGAGACACUGGUGAAUGAGACGAUAAUCGUUUUUCUUCUAUUUAAUGUACAAAUCUGUGAUAUAUUAUAUUUAAAGUAUUGCAUUUAAUAUGAGUGUUUUACCGUCGUGUUGCCAUUCCCCUUCACGGUAUGCAGGAUGUGGGAAGCAGGAAGCAGUCUGUGAAUGACUCUGUCACGUCUGCGUCCGUCCGUGUGACAGCACCACAGCCAUCAAAGCAGAGCAUCGUCUGCUUCCAAAAUCAAUAGGUGGAAUUUCUUUAAGCAUUCAGUGUGCCCGCUAAGUGCCAGCCACACCUCCCCUUGCCUCCCGUGGUCCUUUUUUAUAUAUUUUUUAAAAUAUGUGUACAUAUUUAGUACAUAGAAAAUAGAACUUUUAUCUUGUGACAUAAGGCAGAUGGUGAAAAGCAAACACAGCGAUCAGAAUUUUCAUGGACCAGCUGGUUUCAUGGAAAGGUUGGGAUGAUCUUUCCUUCUCCACAACUGAAUUGUAAUGCUGUUGAUCAUUCCAACCAAAUUAGUGUAUCUGAAAUACCCCUCCCUUGAUGAUACAUCACAAAAUUGUCGAAGAGUUAAGAAGUUCAACCUUAAUCUUGGAUCCUUUUACCUCCAAAGGAAGAACUCAAGAGACAUUUAAAUACUCUUAACUUGAAUGCAUUCUGGAGUUCCCCCAAAAUGUAGACAUAGAAAUGAUUUCUGAAGAAACCAAAACAAAACGAAAACCUUUACAGUAUUAAAGCUUCUUAUUUUCCUCUUUGCUAAAUAGUUCAUUACAUCAAAACACUAACUGUCUACCUUAUGUUAUUGAACGUACAUUUCUCAGGCUAUCAAUGAAUGAGAUUUUUUUUUUAAGAAGCUGAAUAUUUGGACAUUUUGUCCCAGGGUUCAAUAAGUCUGAGGCUACAACAUGAGUUUUAUAAUGGCUGUAUUGCGGUAUGAAAAUGUAGUUCAUGAUUGUUGAUCGCACAGGGCCCAAAUAUCAUUUAUCAAGAAAUGACUGUCUAUCACUUUUUAAGGGGUAUUAGAAAAAUUAUUCUAUGUUUUAUUCACUACUACAUCACUUCUCCUAAUAGCCAACCUGGGAAAGACAGGUUUUCACAAACUGGCACGGGGGGAGCAGUUCCAUAUACGCCAGUGGACGUGCUUAUAAAUUCUGUUUGAAUGUCGGUUGUGUGAUCUCGCAAGCUAUUAGCAAGUUAUCAAGCUUUUCAACAAGGGCCUGUCGAACUAAAUUGCUGUUUAUUCAUUACUAAAAUGAUUUGAUGCUAAUAAUAAUCUUUUGCUCCCCACUAGUCGUUUGGUAACUGUAUUGGACUCCUUACAUAUUAGUGUUUUAUUUUAAUGCAAACAUCUGUCACCAUUUGAAAAACAGUUUCUUAUCCAAACCUGGUUAACACAAUACCAGGAGACUGUUAUAGAUGCCAAAUAUUCUUUAUUCAGGACAGUGUAACAUAACUGAUGAUAUGUGAUAAAGUUCAGAUUUUUUUGACGAUAUAUAUUUUAUUUACAAAAUGUUGUACACUGCUGGUAUUACCAUAUGAAAAGAAAUAAAGUCAAUUGAUGAUUGCCUCA